UGUGAAGGCAUAACCCUCCACAACACUGACCACGACACCAUCCCCUGAAGGGACCGCCCCGACGGCUUGUUAUCUAAUUUCAUUAUUAUCUCAGUUCAUUAUCACUAUUAUCCGAUUUUAUUACUUCUAUUAUUAUUAGUAUUACCAAGACAAGCAACAAUGAAUCCUUAUUUUCACCCAUUAAAGUAAGAAAUAGGCUAAGAAACCCGAAAACAGUAGGCCUUUUUUACUUAUUAGAACUAAGAGAACCAACACGUAAGAGAGACGCACACUACGGCCACGCAGCGAAGAGAGACGCACACCACGGCUAUACGAAGGCGAAGAGAACCAACACGAAAGAGAUACGCUCUUACGCCCACGCAGCCAACGCAAGGAAGAGAACGGCUAUACGCAGACGAAAAGAGACAACAUGAAAGAGAGCGAAGCGGCAGAGAAGCCGCCGAUCGGUCUUACGCCCACGCAGCCGAGGAAAAGAGCCGACGGCGAAGCAGGCAAUACACCCACGCAGCCGAAGGCGGCGCAGCAGCGAAGCGGCAGAGAAGCUGCGAAAAAGAAAAGCCGAGGCCUGGCACGGUCCAGCGCGAGCCAAGCUCGGGAGUGAUCUCCGAGGGCUGAGCCAGACCGGUUGUGCGGCGGAAGCCAAAAUAGAUGUGAAAAGUGAGCCGGGACCGCGCCGUGUACGCAAUAAGCCGGGCUCGCCCGCACGCGGUGAAUGAAACCAGCUGUGACCGCACCCACGCGGUGUGCAAAGGAAGCCACCGAAGUGACGAGGACCCGCCGUGGGGGAACAGGACCCAAAGAAGGGACACAAGGAUCCGACAUGGACAACCCAAGGACGAGCGACGCACAGCCUCUAGAGGCAGAGGAUGGCACGGAAGGGCAUCCUAGGGGUGCGUCGCCGCCCAGCUCAAGGCAACCACGGUCCACGACCAGCCAACCACAAGCAAGGCACCACUCCCCGACCCCGCAAGCAGAACCGGGCAACAUCACGCAGCAUCCCGGACACCAGCUGGGACGACGGGUGGCACGCCAGACUGCAGGAGUGGGACGCGCAGGAGGAGGCGGCAGCCCCGGAAAGAGGGGAGAAUCCCGAUGGACCACGCACCAAUGAAGUGGCUAUCGCCAGUUCCCACCGACCACAACGCCCCGAACCCGGAACCGACGAACUGCACGGCCCGAGAGGCCGAACCAGGAAACCCGAGCCAACCAAAGGAGGACAGCGACCUGUCAUUGGGCUUGGAAGAGGCAGAGGCGGGCGGACUGCUCACAGCGUUCGAGGGGAUGCCCGAGCUAAACGCGCUGCAGGAGGAGCAGGAAUGGCCAAUCGCCCCAGUCGCCUGGCGGGUAAGCACGCCUGACCGCCGCAUCCCGCAAAGCCUGCUGGAAGGCGCCAGCGCUCAGGCAAACGCGGCGCGUCACGGGCGCAGCCGGAUCCGCAGCCUAGAACACCACCACGGCCAACGCUUCCGCGUAUGCAUCAGCGGAAAUUUGGUGCGCAUUUCACCGCGCCCCACCCCGAAGUAGGAAGGGAGUGUGAAGGCAUAAGCCUCCACAACACUGACCACGACACCAUCCCCUGAAGGGACCGCCCCGACGGCUUGUUAUCUAAUUUCAUUAUUAUCUCAGUUCAUUAUCACUAUUAUCCGAUUUUAUUACUUCUAUUAUUAUUAGUAUUACCAAGAUAAGCAACAAUGAAUCCUUAUUUUCACCCAUUAAAGUAAGAAAUAGGCUAAGAAACCCGAAAA